CGCACACACCCACCAACACACGCAGAGACAUUCUCUUUUCCUCCUCAACAACAAUAACAGAAACCACUUUCUUUUUCCUGCCUUUUCCCUCCAACGACAAGAAAACCAAGCUAGAAAGAGAUUUUGUCUCAGAAACAUGGGUACUUUGGUGGGACAUGUUGCACCAGGCUUUGGCUUCUUCAUCAUUGGCUUGUGGCAUCUCUUUAACCACAUCAAGCUCCACGCGCAGUACCCAAAUUCUUACACCUCUCCCCCAUGGUUUCCCACCAAGAAACUCAAGUACUUGGAGCUCUUCCUGAUCAUGGGAGGUUGCUCUGCCUCCAUAGCCAUGGAGCUCUUCAUCGGCCCGGAGAGACACCAGCCUUUUGAUCCUGAUGGAACCAUCCCCUCCAACCAUCUCCAUAACUUCGAGCACUCUUCUAUCUCAAUGACUUUCUUCGUGUACGCCGCCUUUGCUAUAGUUCUUGAUCGAAUUGGCACCAAAGCUCAACUUGGGCUAACCCAAUUGCUUGGAGCCAUAGCCUUCGCACAGCAACUUCUUCUUUUUCACCUUCACUCAGCUGACCACAUGGGCCCGGAAGGCCAAUACCACAUGCUUCUACAAAUUGUUAUUUUUGUUUCUUUAGCCACCACUCUCAUCGGAAUUGGCCUGCCUAAGAGUUUCUUGGUCAGCUUUGUAAGGUCAACAAGCAUAUUAUUUCAAGGUAUUUGGCUUAUGGUCAUGGGCUUCAUGCUUUGGACCCCAGAAUUGAUUCCUAAAGGCUGUUUUAUGCACCUUGAAGAGGGUCACAAAGUGGUCAGGUGCUCCGGAAACGAAACACUUCAUCGAGCUAAGGCACUGGUGAACAUUCAAUUUAGUUGGUUCUUGAUUUUAAUCACAAUUUUUGCAGCCUGCUUCUACUUGAUUUUGGUUCAAGCUUAUGGCGAAAAGCCAGAGUAUGUUUCAUUGACAAAGGAAGAAGAUGAAGAAGAUCAAGUCGCUGAUGAUGUUGAGUCCCAAAAGAGGAGUAAAUUUGGCAAUUCAAAGAGCUUUAUUCAAAUGGGAAAAGCCAUUUCACUUAGUGAUAUGGAAAGGUAGAAGAUGAAAAGAUAAAAAGGAAAGGAAAGAGGUAGAUGCAUGAGAUUAAUUAGCAAUUUGUACAAAAAUAUAAAGUUCUGGGAUCGCAGUAUAUUUAAUUAAUUGUUUCUGGCUUGGAAAAAAGCAACGAACUUUGAGGGAAAAGUGCAUGUGUAUAGGGAAAAGAGCAUGUGUGGGGUAUAGGGAAAUUGGUGUGAAAAUUAGAGGUUGGCAUUAAAUGGCCCUUUAAGGUGAGAGUCUUUUGUGUCUGUAUGUAUAGACUAUAGAUAAAGUGAAAGCGCCUAGGGAGUUGUUUACUAUAUCUUGGAAUCAACUGUAACUUGUAUAAACAUGUUUGGUUUGA